CUGCGCACCACUUCCCUUCCUCAAUGGGAAACAUCUGACAGGGAGGGAGAAAGGCACACAGGACCACAGAGGCGAGUGAACACCCGACCUCAAGAUGCUGGCACUAAUUAACCGGCUUUUGGACUGGUUCAAGGCUCUGUUUUGGAAGGAGGAGAUGGAGCUGACGCUGGUCGGUUUGCAGUAUUCGGGGAAAACAACAUUUGUAAACGUGAUCGCUUCAGGGCAUUUCAGCGAAGACAUGAUCCCUACAGUCGGGUUCAAUAUGAGGAAAGUCACUAAAGGAAACGUGACUAUCAAGAUCUGGGAUAUAGGAGGCCAGCCCAGGUUCAGGAGCAUGUGGGAGCGGUACUGUCGGGGAGUCAAUUCAAUCGUGUACAUGGUUGAUGCAGCAGAUCAAGGAAAGGUGGAGGCAUCUAGAAAUGAGCUUCAUAAUUUAUUAGACAAACCUCAGUUGCAAGGAAUUCCUGUUUUGGUUCUCGGUAACAAAAGGGAUCUUCCCAGUGCUCUAGAUGAAAAGCAGCUGAUUGAGAAAAUGAAUCUAGCAGCAAUUCAGGACAGAGAGAUAUGCUGCUACUCAAUUUCCUGCAAAGAGAAAGACAACAUUGACAUCACACUUCAGUGGCUCAUCCAGCACUCAAAAUCUAGGAGGAGCUGAAAAUGGACUUGUGGUCCAGCUAUGCCCCACAAACCCCACCACCCUCCCCAACUCUCACCUAAACUCACAUGCUGCUCUGUUCUGCUCCUGACACACUUGUAUUUUCGCUCCCUUUCACCUUGUGGGUCUUUCCAAAUUCUAAUGCACUACUAAAGAUGUGACUCAUACCAAAUUUAAGAAUUAUUGUUGGCAUUAUUUGUCCGGUAAAGCUGUUCUUUAACUUGGGAGUUGGAAAAUAAUUUUGGCCCGCCGUUUAGGCAUUAACCUUUUUUGUUACCCGGUGUUAUUCAUAACGCUUAUUCGGUAUACAACAACACCCUCUUAAAGGAUGAUGCUGUCCAACAGACCUCACAUAAAUGUAAUUUACAAAGAUGGCUAUCAAGCUCUGCUGUGUGACCUGAUGAGUAUCAUCCUUUGCCUGAUCGGGAUUUCUUCUUAUGGGGAAAAAAGGUUUUUAGAAAGCUCUGUAUUUAGUCUGUACAAAUAUCAAGCUAGUAUGAUUUUUACUGAUGUGAGAUUUGCGUGUGUGGAUAUUUGAUUCUAUUUAAAGUCUGAAUGUACUAAAAGAUGCAAAUAGGCCUCUGUUUGUAAGUAGCCUCAGUGAAAUGAUUUCUUGCUGCCUCGCAGUUGAGAUAGUGGCAGAAUUCAAAGUGCCUUGUGCAAUGUCUCUCACCUCCUGAAGCAAAGCAGCAUGCAAGGUUUGCCUACCUGGGAGGAGUAAAAAACAACAACAAAAAAAACUACCAUUCAGUAUAUAUUCAAAUAAUAAAAAGGCAUGCUUUUAUCUAA